AUGCCCGCCGCGCCGUCGAGCUCAGAGUCUGUUAGAUGGCCUACCGUUGGGAAAUACAAAGUAGAUGUAGCAUCUUUGGAAUCAUUAGCAUUACCUGAGCUGCAGGUUAAGGAAGAAACAGAUCUCUUCAUCAUUGACGAAGUGGGUAAAAUGGAGCUGUUCAGUUCAGCAUUUUUCCCUGCUGUAAUGAGAGUUAUUGAAUCCAAUAUACCAGUGCUGGCCACCAUACCCAUUCCUAGGCAUGGCCGGGACAUUCCAGGAGCAUUGGAUUGGACCACUGCUGCUAAGCCACCUCGUAGUGGGAUGGAGCUGGAAGAAAGGAAGAACUUCAGAAAUAUUAGAUGUCCUGUCCAUGUCCUGGAGAGUUCCAACAUCAGGCGUGCCAUUGCUCCAUGCUUAUUGCUUACCGUCAGUGAGCCCCUGCUGUUCAUCUAUGAACCAUUUCAAUACAUGCAUGGUCAGGACUCAGGAUGGAACACCAGGGGCAUUGGGCAAGGAAAGCUUCAAAGCAUGCAUGGGUCCGUGUAG